AUGGCGAAAGCUGCAGAGUGGUGUGAGAGCAUGGGCCCCAGGGACCUGGAGGAGAUCAGUGAGCAGGAUGUCUUUCCGGAGUUUGCCGACGCUUUGGGCCUAAAGCCUUUGGAGAGGCGGCGCCUUCUGAAGGGCAUCCAGAAGGCCUCGGGUUCCGGCGGCUACAAUAGUGCCGCACCUGCCGCACCCUCCGCGGGCUCGAGGCUACCACCGAGCCUCGGCCCUGGGCCAGCGGUUUUCGUGAAGAACACGUUCCUGGAUUUCGAACCAGAUGACAGCGAAGUGCUGUCGGGCCUCGCGCGGUCAAGUACCACGCCUGCCCCUGCUUCAGCCUAUCAGGAUGAGGGAGAACCAGAAGAAGCCGUCGAUGAGGACCCGGAGGAGUCGGAACAGGCUGCGGUGCUCACCAACCCCAUGUACAAGACCAUGACUUUCGAUGCCUGGGAGCAAGGGGAGGCUUGGGACUGGAUGCACAACCGCCAGAGUCUCGAUGCACUGGGCGAACAGAUGGACCAGCCUAUUGAAGAGAGCAUUCCGGAGGAAGCACCUCUCAUGUCGGGGCCCGUCGGCAUGAUGUUCAUUCCCCAGGAGGUCAUGCCAGGUUAUGCCAUGGCCGUGCCGCCCCCGGAAAUGUGUAUGCCAGGUUGCUUCGCAGUUCCUAUGGACCGCUUCGGCCGCUUUCCGGGAGCCAUGGAGAGUAUGCCUCCGGCCUUGGAUGGCAGCGUCUCCUCCAUUGCCGUGACGACGACUGCAGACAACAACCGGGCACAGGUUCUGCAGAGGGCCUUCAGCGUGAGCAGCAACGUCUACCGAAUCCGAUGGACGGUGGACGCCCGGAAGCUGAAAAGCACCGAUAAGGAGGCCGUAUCGCCCCCCUUCGACCUCACCUUCGCCGGGGGUCAGCCUGUGCCCUUCAAGAUGAUCCUGCGGCCCCGCGUGGUGGCGCAGGAGAGGGGCGGCGCCUCCUUCAGGAGGUCCCGCGGACGAGGGAACAUCCAACUCCGGUGCAUGGCAGAGUCCGACGCCGCUGCCAAGCCCGUUGUGACCUUCCGGCUUUUGGUGGGCAGCGACAAGGCCGCCAAGCAGCUAAAACCGCGUGGCCCCGUCUCCCAUGACUUCUCGGAGAAGAACAUCUGCGGAUUACCUGCUGGACAAGACGACUGGGACUUUGGAAAGGCUGUGGAUGACCAGACACAGACCUUCGUGGUGUGCCUUGAGAUUCUCUCUGGCUCGGAGGGCCGCUCCGGGGCCUAG